AUGAGGUCUCCAGGUUUGAAAUCGCGAGUCAUGUUUGGUGAGGGGCGACGCGGGGGAUCCGGAACGGAAGCGCAGCCGAGAGGAGCGGCGGCGGGGACGGCGGGGGGACCGCCGGGCACCGGGGCGGCGGGAGGAUGGAGCCUCGGGGAGUCCCAACGCGCCUGCCGGGGCUGCGGGCGCCGAGGCUGCGGUGGCGGGCCGGCCGCCACUGCCCGCGUCCACGCAGGCCACCUGCGCCACCAGCUGCCGCAGAGGCGCCUCAACGGCUCCGAAUGGCAACCGCCGCCGCCGCCACUGCUGCCCCUGCCGCCGCGCUGCGCUGCUCCCGCGCGGCUCCCGCUCGGCGCCCGCUAG